AUGUGGCGGCCGGGCAAGGCGGCGGUGGCGUGUCCGGCGUGCGGCAUGGAGGCGCCUCCCGUGAUACGGCGCGCGCGCACCGACCGCUCCAGGACGCCGCUGGGCGCCCUCUGCGCUGUCGGGUGCUGGCCGUUCUGCCUGCUGCCGCUGUUGAUGCUGUGCGCGGAGGAGGCGCAGCUGUUCUGCGCGCACUGCUCGCGCUACCUGGGCUCCUACGACCCGCGGACGGGAGAGCCCAAGCCGCUGCGCACGACCGCCUUCCCGCGCAGCACCGCCCCCAGCGCCGCCCCCGCCAAAGCCGCGGCCGACGGCGGGCACCGCGCGUCCGCCGACCAAAGGGCCAAGUCCACCUCGGCGCCCAGCGUCCCCACGCCCCCAGAGGACUAA